AUUUCCUUUUCUGCGGGUUUUCUGAAGCUGCUGGACCCAGCGCAGCCCUUGAAGGCCCCUCAGCUGGUGCGUGAGUGCAGGUGGGGGAACCUGCGCGCGUCACGGGAAGCCUGGGGGCUCCGUCCGCACCCCGGCGCUGGGGAAGGCCGCGAGGUGAUGAUUCAUGGUGAUGGCUUGCAGGGUCAUAAACAAAAGAAGGCACGUGGGACUUCAACAACUCUCAUCAUUCGCAGAAACAGGAAGAACUUUCCUAGGCCCAGUGAAAGCAUCCAAAUUUAUUAUAGACGAAGAGUGUCAUGAAAGUGUGUUAAUCAGUUCAACAGUGAGGCUUCUUCAGAGUCUGGAUUUAACUAGUGCAUCGGGGCAACUUCUCAAUGAAGCAGUUCAAGCACAAAAUGACACAUACAGAACUGGAACCAGUACUCUCUUGUUUCUUGUUGGUGCAUGGAGCAGUGCUGUUGAAGAAUGUCUCCAUCUGGGUGUCCCUAUUUCAAUAAUAGUGGCAGUGAUGUCAGAAGGCCUGAACUUGUGUGGUGAAGAGGUAGUUGCCCUUCAAGUACCCAUCCACAAUAUAUUUGGCCAGGUGGACAACAGAAAGACACUUUCUGGACUUGAAACAGCUAGUGUCUGUUUGUGUCCUUUUCUACAAUUCCCUUCAGGUACUGCUUUGAUAAGGGAAGAGCAUGAUCUCAAAGAUGUUGCUUCUCAAUCAUUGCCCAUUUACAAUCUUCCUGAGAGGCCUGUUAAAUCACCUAAAUUCUUCAAACCUCAGGCUAUGAUUGAUGCAAACAAAAUCACAUCACAAACUCUGAAAAACAGUCUGUGUACAGAUGUCUGCUGCAGAAAGUCAAUACUAACCUACAGUCGGCAUUUUAAUAGGACAGCUAAUAACCAAAGCAUGAGCAAACCACAUGAAUUUGUAGCACAACAUGGCUUAGUUUCUCCCAGAACUUACAGAUGUGAUGAUUUGGAAGAGCUGGCAGUGGGCUUGAAUCAUGGAGACCACAGCAGCAUGGAACUAGUAGAAGCAGCAGUGCGACUGCAGUAUCAGAAUGCAUGCAUUCAGCAAGGCAGCUAUACAGGGCCAUUUGUGUUUGACAUUUCAAGACUCUUCACUUGCUGUCUACCAGGCUUACCUGAAACUUUUUCUUGUGUCUGUCCAGGAUAUAUCACUGUUGUACCGAUAUCUAGUGCUGCUGUGAUCAAGGAAUUGCAGAGUCAGCCUGUCCGGGUAGUUCUCAUUGAGGGUGACCUCACAGAGAGUUAUCGCCACCUGGGAUUUAACAAGUCUACAAAUAUUAAGAUAGUAUUAGAUAGCACAGAACUUCAAGAAGAGAGCUCAGAAGAGUUCUGGACAAGUUGCGUAUUACAGGUGUUAGCACAGUUCGAUGUGAACCUUGUCCUGGUACAAGGAAAUGUGUCUGAACGCUUAACUGAGAAAUGCAUGGACAGUAAACGGCUGGUGGUCGGGUUGGUGAAUGGCAGUGUGAUGCAGGCGUUUGCAGAGGCUACGGGAGCAGUGCAAGUGGCCUAUAUUACACAAGUGAAUGAAAACUGUGUGGGCAGUGGGGUCGUUGUGACCUUGUGGAGAAGUCCCUUGGGUGUUGUAGAUAGGAACAGAAUGGCAAUCUUGUUAAAAACAGAAGGAAUUAAUUUGAUUACAGCUGUGCUCACUAGUCCAGUCACUGCACAGAUGCAGACAAAAGAAGACAGGUUCUGGUCUUGUGCAUAUCGUUUGUAUUAUGCUCUAAAAGAGGAAAAGGUCUUCCUUGGAGGUGGUGCAGUUGAACUGUUGUGCCUUAGCCAUCUUCAAAUUCUUGCUGAGCAGUGUCUGACAAAAGGAAAUGAUGCCUGUUCGGGAUGGCUUCAUAACAGUUCUUCUUGGAUGGCCUCAUCUCUCCCAGUGUACAGACCAACUGUGCUUAAAUGCCUGGCAAGUGGAUGGCACAAAUACCUUUCCGCUCUCAUAUGUAACACUGCUGGUUAUUCAUCAGCUUUUGAAGCCAACACGUUCAUUCAACAUCAUCUACAAAAUGCCACAGACUCUGGCUCUCCCUCAUCUUAUAUCUUGAAUGAAUAUAGUAAACUAAAUAGUGGGAUUUUUAACUCAGUUAUUUCAGAUAAACUGGAGCAGGUUCCAAGAGUUUAUGACGUUGUUACACCAAAGAUUGAGGCAUGGCGCAGAGCACUGGAUUUAGUACUCUUAGUACUUCAAACAGACAGUGAAAUUAUUACCGGACUUGGACACACACAAAUAAAUUCACAGGAAUCACAGGGUUUUUUAUUUUUAUAG